AUGACUGCAUUCCCUGCUGGCAUUCAGGUAGCCUGGAAUUGUGCUCUGAUGUGUGCUUGUGGCUUGGCUUUGGGUCAGGAGUUCAAGGGUAAGGCAGUCAACACCGCCCUUGGUCCUAUGAUGAACAUGGGUCGUGUCCCCCAAGGUGGCCGUAACUGGGAGGGUUUCAGUGCAGAUCCUUUCCUAACUGGCGAAUCCGCAUACUGA